GUUUUAGAGUUAAGUUUUAAACUGUGGUAACAAUGUGGACUUUAUUCGUAUGCGUGUUACUUUUUUUACCAGUAGAAGUAGAAAGAGUGGAGUUAAAUGAUCAAUGGUUUCAACAGUAUUUGUUGUCAGAAGAAACAAUUCUCCAAAUAACAAGCAAAACCUACAUAUAUUGCAUAUCUGAAGAACAUGUCGAUGCUGCUAUGUUCACCGUACCACCACUAAAUAAAUCAGACGAUUCAAUAGAUUUAAUGAAUAAGAGGUUUUGGAAGAAUGAUGACUGGGAAAUAAAGAAGUCAAGUGAUUCAACAAGAACGGCUGUUUUAGACAGAAGAUGGGAAGAUUUUGACAUCACAAGAACAAACAAUUUACGUUUCGAUAAAUUGACAACCUCUGUAUCUUUUUCCGUAUAUGGAAAAAAACAAAUAGAAUUUAGUUCAUACUCUGACGAAACCGGGACACACCAGUUUAGCCAACCGAUAAAUGCUGCAGAAACUUGGCUCACAUAUACAAUAUUUCAAAAAAAUGGUAGUGUCUAUUAUUAUCAAAAUAAUGAUUACAAUAUAAGCAUCAACUCCCAAAUUCAUACGAACCUUGUUAUAAAUACUUCAACAGAAGCUUAUUUCAAAAUACAUGACUAUGAAUAUAGAGAAGCUACAUUUCACAAUAACGAAGAAAAUUCCACAACACUGAUCAUUCCGAGCCCCAAAAUAUCGUUGUUAAUUAUUUACGUUUCUUUGUGCAAAUUAUGUGUACUAGAAGUUUCAUAUAACGGAGAAAAGGUAUUAAAUAUUUCUUCAGAUGUCAAAGAACAUGAUGCCUUAUUAGAAAAAUGGCAGAGCCGUAAAAUUAUGAUCAAUUCUUCAAUAUCAAACGAAGUGACGUUUGUCAGAAAACUGAAAGAACCAACUGAAGAAGGCUAUUGGAGACUGGAUGUAAGAGGUCGUAAUUAUACGUAUGACGCUGCGGUAUUCAAACGGGAAUCUGAGGAUGAAAUCCCUUCGUGUAAAUAUUUACAAGCCUCGGAAGAAACCCAAAUUAGUACAGAAGAAACUAUGGUAAAUCCGAUAAACGUUAACUGCAAAGUGGGAUUUUUGGGCAAGACAUGUUCGAUAAAUUGUGAAGAUGUUUUAGGAGAAAAAUAUAAGCACUGCGAAAACCAUAAAAUCUGGUAUAAUAACGUCUACGAAUGCCCUUGGGGUUAUAGUGGCGACUCGUGUGACAAAGAAUGUGAAAAUGGACAAUACGGAUUUGGUUGCAAACAAAAAUGUUCAAAUUAUUGUCCAAUGUCAUGCGAUAAGAAAUCAGGAGAAUGUCUCGGAAAUCAAAUAUUAGAAAACAUCAAAAAAAAUUCUGUAUUCAUUUUAGUUGGUUCUAGUGUUGUCCUAGUUAUUAUCGGUGUUAUAAUUUGUAUGAUCAAGAAGUAGACAAAAAAAAAUUAAUUAUUUAUAUUGACUAGAGACCUUUUACAUAUAUAAAUUUGUACGAGUAUGUUGUAUUAUGCAAAGAUAUCUAAUAUGUAUUGGUAUGUUUAUAUGUAUAACAAAAUAAAUAUGACAUUAAAAGA